GAGGGGGAUAUGCAGCCAGCAAGUAACUACAUCUAGGAGGGAGGGAUACAGGAAGGUCUGCUUUCAUAAUAACAGGAAGACACUGCUCUCUACAGAACCUUCUGAGACUGCUCUGCGAGAGGGCCAGCCAUGGAUAGGAGAUCGGUAAGCAUUAAACUUAUACUGCCUUGCCUUGUGGGUGUUGAAUGGCCGAGGGAGUAUAGAAAAGUAUUUGUGAAUUAAAUAACUUCAUCAAAAAGAAUAGUCGAUAACUUUUUGGGAAGGAUAACCGAGUAAGUGGUUCAGACGUAGAGUGAAGCACUGGGGGAUGGGGUAAAGGUGUUACUAUUAUCAUUGGGUCAGCAAUGUCUUACUUGGAGCAAUAAAUAGGUUAAGAGGAAAUCGGGUUGGAGGUGCAACUAUUUGGGGCGUAUGUUCUAUGCCUCCCCCCUUACCACCACCCGAUGGAGAGGGUAAGAGAACACCGAAUGUGGGAUCAGAACACUGAGCAUAAUUCUGAGAAACGCCACAACAGAUUUAACAGCACUAGUUGGAGCUUUGUUCUUGUUGGACUUUGGAACGGACUGUUUGCUUCAGAUUACGUCACGCAGCCAUUUGUCUUUCAUUUUAUUGUUACACGUACACUGUGAGAGUAACUAUGCAGUUAGUGAUUCAGUCUUGGGAUAGUGUCUUGGUGUGGCAAGGAUGUCUUCUGUAGGGUGGCUAGUUAUGGGGCGGUUUAUUAACCAAUCAAGAUGGAGAGUUGGCCACUGUGGCAAGUGUGCAAAUCAUGGGGUUGGAUUCUGGCGAUUGUCAAGGUUUUGGAUUGUGAUAGCCAGUCACACAAAGAUGGGCUAACAGUCUGGGAAGUGUGCCUUUUAUAUGAUAUUGGGUUUAUAGCUUCCAAAUGUGGCUCACCAGGGUUGGGGCAGAGGACAGGAGGUUGCCAAGAUAGCACUGAGCCUGGUGGAGAUCCUAUCCAAGGGUGCCAGUGUAUACCCAAUCAGCUGAUGGGGGUUCUCCUGAAGAUUAAUUGGUUUGGCAAAUAUGGUGUUUAGGGCUAGUAAAUGUGCCUGACAGAGUGAUGGCAAGAUUGGUACAUGCACCACUUCACUGGUGUACAAGUCAUGGUGGUUGACAUCAGAGAAUGGCCAGUGUAAGGUUCCAAAAACAAGUCGGUUGAUAAAUAAUUGCAAAAUCUAUGAGUCAGACUUCAGUCUUUCUAAAUAUUAACACAUCAUUCUGCUUGACAUCCAUCUAGGUCCAUGUGAAAAGAAAGGAGCACUUGUUGCCAUUUUAAAAAUGCUCCUGGGUUUAACAAACUUUGAAUUGUAUGUUUUUAGCCCCAUUUGCUUAAUAUGGCAAUAUAUCACAAUUCUCUUUUAGUCUACUGUGAUAAGUAGAUCGAUUCCUUUAUACUGUGGGACACUAAGGAAUGACGGCCAAUUAAAGCACUUUUUUUUUUUUAGUAUGUAUCAGUUUAUCAAAGCCACUAUCUACAGGUUAGCUAUAGUGGCAGAGUAGGUGUUAACUUUUCCUUAAGUGAUAAUGACAACAGUGUAGACUUUCCAGGACACAGAUUAGGUGUGUACUCUGUGGUGAUGUCACUUUUGACAAUGACAUACAAUACAUACAACCCUUUAACUGCCAGAACAGAUAGCAAGAUAGCAGUGGUGGUUAGUAGGUUUUCUCUAGUACAGCUUGCUGUAAGGGUUUUAUUUUUUAUUUUUUUUAAGUCUCUGCUUAAGAAUCAAAUGUCCUUCAAGCUGCUAGCAUUAUACCCUGCUGUUCCAAAACCACUUACUUUGUCAUUUUCAGAUGCUAGGUCUGCCAAAUGUAAACUUAUUUCUGUUAGUCUGGUAACUGGUUAAUGGAUUAUCAGGUUGAGUACAUCUACCAUCGCUGUGUGAUUUGUUGAAUCUAAAGUGAAUUAAAAAAUUUUUUAAGAAAGAACAGGCAAGCUGUGGGGAAUAAUUCUCCAGGUAUGUUACGUGUGUGUUUUCUAUUUUGGGCUAAAAUUUCAAAUUCACUUUGAAUUCUCAACUGUUCACACUUAAGCGUGCGCUUUGUAUGUGAGUUGUUCACAGGCACUUUUGUAUUUACACUCCAGAAUCACCAAUCUUGGGUUUCCUUCACUUUUCUCCAUCUGCAGCAUAUAGUGCUGCCUUUUUAUUCACGUUCUCUUUGUAGAAGCCUGACCACUACCUUUCUAAUGUUUUGUCUGUUCUCACACUGUGUGCACUGUCUCCUGGUUGUCCGGCUAGUGCCUCAUCAUUAUCAGACGAACAAAGCUAUUAUUACUGAAUAACCUGUUUAUGAGAGAUAUCCGGGUGUGGGUUUAGUGUAUGCGUCACUGUGGAGAGGAGUAUGUGCUUCUAAAAUAGCUUGCCAGAAGUAUGUGAGUUCUAAAUGUUUUGUGUCCUCUUUUUAGCUUGAGCAUAAUAAAAAUGAAAGAACGGUCAUGGGAGUAUCUUUUCCUUUUUUUUUUUUCCUUAAUUUGUUUUGCAUGCCUUUUUUAUACAUUGUAGAUAUUUAAGUCCUGGAAAUAAAAUGUGCCUGCAAUAAAAGCCUUCUGCUGUUCCUUCACCACAAGUGUGAUAAGGUAAAGAUUAAAGAGGUUGUGUAAUCGCCAUAACCUUUACAAUUUGCUCUUGUGAUUAAGGUGUCAGAUGUCCUCUGGUGCCAUCUGACAGUUGCAUAUUCAAACUGUUCUUCUUUAGUGAUAGCUUAUUGUAUUUGUUCUGGUGAGUAUAAUCAUUCCCUACAGGCUUUUAACAGUACAACCUAGGGAUACCUCCACUGGCCACACGUCAGAUGGCUGCUAGAGGUGCUUCCUUGGUCAGUGCUGCACAGUCUGCAGCACUGCCAUUCAGUGUCUCCACCCUCUGCAUGGAGACACUGAACUUUCCUCUUAAACAUACACUGAUUCAGUGCAUCUCUAUGAGGAGAUGCUGAUUGGCCAGGGCUGUGUUAGACUUGUGCUGGCUCUGCCCCUUAUCUGCCUCCUUGACAGUCUCAGCCAAUACAAUGCUUUCCUAUGUGAAAGCAUUGUAAUGGGCUUUGAAUAAAACUUCUGAUGAUGGCAGCCAGAUCAGGGGUGGAGCCAGCAGCAGCAGACUGCAAUGCAAGUAAGAAUUUACUAUAUUUAGGAGGGGCAGGGGGGCCAGAAGGUAUUUUUAACACUGUAUGGUCAGAAAUAUAGGUUUUGUUUUCUUGACCCUUGAGUGAUCAUUUAAGUUCAAAACUGUUUGACGAUUUACCAGGGGACUUCCAGCACUUUAAAUGCUACAUAUGAUUGGAGUGGUUUUAGUGACUGGAGUCCCUCGAGCAAUCCCUUUGUUCCAUGUUAAACUGAGCACGGCCUCUCUGAUGCUCGGGCUAGUGCUUCCACUUUGGCCCAAGCCGUGAUGGGUGCCAGUGAGAGGCUGGGAGGAAACAAUGAUGGUAUAAAUUGGUAUGGAGUGUAAUCUCUGCUUCAGUUAUAAAUCCAGUGAAGUUCAUGCUACAAGCUGCGCAAAAUCCUCAUUCAGUGUUUAAACCAUUUGAAAAUUGUUUAACCCUAAACUGAGGAAAGGCCCUGUGACUACAGACCUUAGAACAACUUCAAUGAGAUGAAAUGAAAUGUGUGUCCCCUUAAAUCAGUUGUACAGCUGUGUGUAUCUGUCAGAUAAUUGUGAUCUUGAUUCCAAAACAUUUGGCACGCCACUGUCAUAAACGUUUAGUGACCCAGUCUGAGAAUUACAUAUUGUCAAAUUAGAUAAAAUGUUAGCUUUACAAAGUUUUUUGGGGGUUUUAUGUACAAGUAUUGCCAGGACAUUACUGCUCUGACUGGAUUAAUUUGUUGUAACUUAAUACAUAGUUAAGGUUGUAAAUCCUAAAAUUAAGAGGCUUGCAGGUUUAUUCACUAUAAUCUGAAUUGGGGGUGAAUUUCCCUGUUUAAUAUUAACAAUUAACUGUUUUCACUAAACUCAUUAGAGCCAUCAUUUAGCUAGUAGGUGGGUUGGUCCAGAGCCAUCAGCUGGGGCAGGAGUUCCAUUCAUUAUCUGAUGAAAGUAAUUUAUGCCAAUUCAAAUAUCCAUUGAGCUUAUCCCACACUUGUUGAGAAAGGGCAUUGAUCAAUGGAUAAAAUAAGAGGCUUUGCUGGGGAACGAGACCGGUUGUCUCUGUUGCUAGUUUCCUCAUUUGCUGUAUGUAUUUCUCAGCGGGGUUGGGCCCAAAGAAAGUCAAAUACAUCUUCAGCCUCUGGUCCAACUCUGCUUCCGUGUAGCUGGGGCGCCAUGCUCGUUCCUUUCGGCUGGGAAGUAUGAUACAGCUGCUUGCCACCAGUGUAAAGGGACGCCUUGGUAAGCCGACCGGUUGGUCCCGCUAGUUCUCUUCCUUCAGCCGAUCAGGAAUUCUUACACGAUUAGGGGACUUGGCUCUAUGCGCUCCCAGGCAGGGAUGACACUCAGCCCUGGAAGCUCUUAGUCUUUACAAGGACGUUUCUCCGUUGCAUUCCCUGCAAGCUGGAACAGCAGACACAGGGGUUAAAUCUUCCCUCCAAUAACAAGACACACAGUUUUGAAAGGUUUUAAGCACGGACUUCUCUUUAUAAAGAAUACACAAGCAACAUAUACCCUUAAUGGAAGCGAAUUAGGGAUAACAACACACGAAAAGGACUUGGGAAUUGUUAUAGACAAAAAACUAUGCAACAAUAUGCAAUGUCAAUCAGCAGUGGCCAAGGCCAGUAAGGUAUUUUCAUGCAUGAAAAAGGGCAUUCAUUCUCUGGACGAGAAUAUAAUUUUGCCUCUUUAUAAAUCACAAUAAGGAUGUGGAAUUCUCUGCCUGAAGAAGUGGUUUUAUCAGAGUCCAUACAGAUGUUCAAACAGCUACUAGAUGCAUACUUGCAAAAAACAGAAUAUUCAAGGAUAUAAUCUUUCAAUGUAGGGUAAUAACUGCUUGAUCCAAGGAUAAAUCUGACUGCCAUUCUGGGGUUAAGAAGGAAUUUUCUUUCCUAGCUUGUUGCAAAAUUGUGCUUCAAACUGGGUUUUUUUUUUUUUUGCCUUCUUUUUGAUCAACAGCAAAAAACAAAUGUGGGGAAGGCUGAACUUGAUGGACGAAGUCUUUUUUCAGCUAUGUAACUAUGUAACAGCACACAGGGUUACACCUUAAGACAUUACAUACAGGGGGGUAAACUUUAGGGCUCAGCGCGCAGGGAAGGGUCACACAGGUAAAAUAUAAUUCAUUAGAUAACCCAGAGUCCCAUCUGGGAGCCCUGCAAAUAGCAGGGCUAUCGGGUGUACGGAGUCCGAGAUACCAGCGUCUAAAGUCUGGGGCUCGAGGCUCUGUAUAUCCCCAGAAUCAGUUCCAUAGCGUCGCUUAGUUUGAUCAGGUGAAUUCAAACUUCGCGCCCAAACCAAGCAAUAGCCAAUCUGCACAAAGGCACAAAACCAACUUGCGCCAAAAAACACUUAGGGAGGAGAAGGGUUUCGCUGCCCAAUCAGAAGAACGGGUGCGAAACUCGAUUGCACCAAUCCGCUGAAAGGCGCAAAGCCAAUCGGCACUCGGGGAGGGGUUUCGCCGCCCAGUCAAAAGAAAGGGUGCAAAACACUGUUUGAACGAGCGCUCUUUCUCUGAUUGGUCGCAUGGGCCCUGACACAGGGACCGAAGACAGGGUGCGCAGGCCAGUUCGGGAUGCGAAUGCAGUACAUUUAAUCAAUGAAUUAUCUAUAGAUGUGCAGUAAAUGCUCUGUGACUGUGCACUCUCAAAGUAUUUGUCAAACAAGUUUGACAGCUUGUGACUUAAGCAGCUUUAGCAUCUACAAAGCCAGAGAUGGAAUUCAUGCAGGUUCCACCCACAUCUGGAAAACACCUUCAAUAUUAUUAGUCUCUCUGAUUUGGUGUCUAUUUUAUUUUUAUUGCCUUGUGUGCAAAAGAUAUGUUUAGCAAAUUCACAGGGCAAAUCAAAAUAUAUGGAGUUAAAUGUGAAUGCCGAUACUAACGGCACAUUUAACAUGUACUGAGUUCUUGGGACACUGUUGUAACUUCUUCCAAGUAUAGUAGAAACAGGCUGAAAAUGAUGGAAGUUGGUUAUUUAUACAUCUUUAUCUGAAACAAAUAAAAUAUUCCCUAACUAAAUAACUAUACCACAUACGCUAUGUUAGUCUUGUAAUUAAUUCUCAUAUAAAAAGAGGCUAGACUGCAUGUCUGAAAAUUAAGUCCGAUAUUACUGUUACAAUCAUGUUUCUCAUGUACUGUACGUAUAUACGCUCAUACUGUAAAUUCGUAUGCCUCAAAAAUAAAGAGAAUUAAAAAAAUAAUAUUCCCUAGCAAUAUUAAACUGCAUUAAAAUAUGACUAACUACAGCGUGCUUGGGCUCCUACAGAGAAAUGCUUGGGAAUUCCUUUAGUCCAGCAAGCAGGACACUGCAGGGGUUAACUUUAUUUACAUGUCAGCCAUGGCAUCUAAAUCGAGUAAUCUGUUUUUUUUUAAUUUAUUUUUUUCUCAGUGAUAAAAUGGCACAUCCCAUAGCUAACGUGUAGGGUGUUAAGAGUGUUUGUGUGUCAGACUGGCUGUCUUACUGAUCACUAGAGUAGAGCUCCUGUUAUCCAUAGUAUGACCCCAUCAAAAUUACCAGUCACGUUUGUCAUAAAUUAAAGGAACACUCCUGGCACCAUAACACCAUAAGCACUACAGUGCCGUGUAGUGGUUAUGAUGCUUGGAGUGCAUUGGUCACCCUGUGCCUAUUAGGAGCACAGGGUGCCCGGGAAACCUAUGCUAUCCUGCCCAGACUAGACUUCAACGGACUGAUUGGUUGUGAAGGUUCCAUGAGCCUGGCCAGGACCAACUUGAAAACUCUGAGCGGAUAUAAACGUUAAAACAGCCUGCUGAAACUUUUUAAGUGGAGGUAGCAUGGACCACAUACGACAUAUUACGUAGCUAUUUUAACAGACUGGGCACUCGGGGAUAACACUUGUUUUCCUCUUCAUCUGAUCUAGGCUGAUGUUUGGGUGAGCUGCUAUAAGCAUUGAAGGUGUACUGGGAAAGGAGGGAUAUUAAUGGAGAUACUCUGGCUGAGGACCGAGCUCCGUUACACUGGCGGCUCAGGCAUUAAUCCAGUUUCGGAGCAUGAUCACACACACUCCUCUAAUGAGCUGGCCAUGCGCUGGUGGAAUUAGCUCAGGAGAGUUAAAAAUCUCCUAAUCUGGCACUUCUGGCUCUCCUGAAGGCUGAGAGGCGUAAGAAUGCAAACCAUUACUAAAUUAUUUAACUUCUUACUAUGGAGGGAGCUCCAUGCCCACUACAUCGUGCUUUAGUGGUUAUGGGGCUGGAAACUUUCCCACAUAAAGCAGCUGUCAUUUUUCAAUAUAUUGAACUGUGUAACACUCAUGUUGACUGUGUUGGAAUUUCAUAGAACUGCUUUAAAGGGCGACUUUGAAGUUCUAUUUUAUUAAACUAAAAUGUUAUACAAAUAGUUUCUAAAUUUCAAAUUCUUCAUUGUUUGGACAUUUUAUGUAUUUUCAAAUUUUGUAUUGACAUUGCUCUUUUAUACUCCACUUUAUUUUAAGAUGUAAGAAGCUUGAAGCUUGCAUAGUUUCUGUUGAAUUUCACAUUUCUAAUCAGACAAAACAUCGUCACAUUCUCAACGAACUCUCACACUUGCCAAACAGCUUCCUCAUUUUUGCAUUUUUUUUUUUUACAUCUUGUUUCCUAUACCUUUUUUUUAAAUUUAUCUUAAUACAGUAAAUUUCAAACACCAAAAACACUAAAAUCCUGUUUCUCACUUUAAUGAGCCCUCAAAGCACUAUAACUUGCAACUAACAGCUUGCUGUAGUUUUUAUUUUUUUUGGUCUUUAUUUUAUCACUUCUAAAAUCACCUUAUUUUAUCACCUAUACACCAGUUUCCCAAAUCAAAUCAUUCUACCCAGGGAGAUGUCUUCCGCGAGACAAACAAGGCAUCUGCCUUGGGCGGCACUUUGGGGGGCGGCAAAAAAAGCUGCCCCCUGCAAACAGCCAGGCAGAUCCCUUGAUUGCCUCGUGUCAUGGAUCGCUUGAGCUGGCGCCAAUUUUGCGCUCCAUCCCCCCCCCCCAAGGUUGGUAGCGAGGGAGCACGUUCACCUGAGCUCUUCCUGCUCAGCUCUCUCCGGCUCCCAGCAUCACUUAUGACGCCUACUCAGCCUGUCCGCCCCCUGCCUGCCUGCCCAGCAGCCCUACUGGACAGGUAAGUAAUCCACCUUGGCUCUCCCAGGGAGGCUGGGUGGAUUUACAAUAAUAAAAAACAAUAAUAAAAAUUUGUGAGUGUUGGGGGAAGUGUGUGUGUGUGUGUCAUUGUUUGUCAGUGUAUAUGAGAGUGUGCGUCUGUCAAAGUGCGCCUUGACAGGAAGGGGUGGGGAAAAAUUUUUAAAUUGCAAUUUUGUUUUUCAGUUUCAUCAUUUUGUGAAUAAACUUGUGUCAAUAUUUACUACAUUUGUAAUUAGUGAGAGUUGACCAAUGCGAGAUAUUCAUUGACUUUUUACUUAAAAGCUACUAGAUUUAUACAGCACUUAAAGAACCACUAUAGGCACCCAGACCACUUCAGCUCAAUGAAGUGGUCUGGGUGCCAGGUCCCUCUAGUUUUAACCCUGCAGCUGAAAACAUAGUUUCAGAGAAAUUGUUUCACUGAGGGUUAAUCCAGCCUCUAGUGGCUGUCUCACUGACAGCCGCUAGAGGCGCUUCCGCGAUUCUCACUGUGAAAAUCAGUGAAAAGACGCUGGACGUCCAUAGGAAAGCAUUGAGUAAUGCUUUCCUAUGGGCUGUUUGAAUGUACGCGCAUGCGCAUUUGGAUCUGACGUCGGCAGGGGGUGGCGAGUUCCCCAGCACAGAGGGAGCCCGGCGCUGGAGAAAGGUAAGUGGCUGAAGGGGUUUUAACCUCUUCAGCCCAGCUGGAGCGGGACCCUGAGGGUGGGGUGGACCUAAUGACCCUAUAGUGCCAGGAAAACUAGUUUGUUUUCCUGGCACUAUAGUGCUCCUUUAAGGGGACACUCAGAACCAAAACAACUUAAUGCAAUGGUUUUGGUACAAAGGGACUCUCAUUUUUAAACCCUGCCUUGUCUAUGAAACAUACCAGAGUAAACUUAAAGGGACACUAUAGGAAUCAAAGCAACUUAAGCUUAAUUAAGCAGUUUUUGGGUAUGGACCAUGCCCCUGCAGUCUUGCUGUUCAAUUCUUUUCCAUUUAGAAGUUGAAUAACGUUUUUCUUUCUGUUUUAUGAAGCUCUAGCCACACCUCCUCUGACUGAUUCACACACUCUUCAUGAAAACAAAAUGGUUUCACUUUCAAUCAGUUGCAAACUUGUUUUAGACCUUUUUUGUCUCCUGCUCUGUAUAUUUCACUUUAAUCAGACAUAGGAGGGUGCUGAAAGGUCUAGCAAACUAUUAACUGAGCAGAAGAUUAGAAUUUCUAAAUUUAACUGUGCAAUAAAGAGUAAACAUUAGGUCUCACUUUAAAUGAAGUGUUUAGGAAGGUUGUGCAAGUAACAUGCAGAGAGGUGUGGCUAGGGCUGCAUAAACAAAGUGAUUUAACUCCUGAAUGGCAGAUCAUGCCCCUGCUGUCUCACUGCUCAAUAAUCUGUACAUCAACAUUGAUUCAGCUUAAGUUGUUUUGGUGACUAUAGUAUCCCUUUAACCCCUUACGAACGUACCUCAUACGUCUGUGGCUAAUUUGAGCGAUGGAAGAGAUCGUGAUCGCGUGCAAAAUGUCAAAAAAAUAUAGAUGCUAAUUUUGGCCAGGGUUUGUGACCAACUACUAAAAAAAAAAAGACUGGACAUACCCCAUUUUGAAUACUUUUACAAAUGGUUGUCUACUUUUACAACUGGUAUGCCAUGAUGGGGUUAAUUUUCAUUCCUGUGUCUGUACAUUGGUGGUAUCACUGUACUCGAGAUGUUGCUGAACACAUAUUGGGGUGUUUUUUGGCAGCAAUGCAUAACAGGAGCUGGGAAUCCAUGCCUAAAUUACAAUGUGUGUAGGGAUAAAACACAACAUUCCUACCCAAAAGGUUGACAAAGACUGAUGGUAUAAUUAGUGCAUGGAUAGUGUUUAAAUACCACCAUUUUAAAUAGCCUAGGUUGUCUACUUUUCAAAAAUAUAUGGUUUGAUGGGGGUAAAAUACAUUGGCCGGCUUCAAAAAUGUCCCAAAUAGGACAUGGGUGCAUGAUGACCAGCUGUGAAAAUUCCAAGUUGGAAAACUGAAAUGCACACCCUCCAAAUAAAGUCUUUUUAGCCCCCAGAGAACCCAACACACCUAUACAUGGGUGGUAUCACUGUACUCUGGAGAUGUUGCUGAACGCAUAUUGGGGUGUUCUUUGCCAGUAACCCUUAAAGUUCUCAGUACAUGUAUUCUUAAAUUGCUAUGUGUGUCAAAAAAGCACAGAUUUCUAAUUUUUUUUUUUUAAAUUUGGCAUAGAUUGGUGAUAAAAUGGUUGCAUGAAAAGAGUCAGAAUACCCCAAGUUUAAUAGCUUGGGUUGUCUUGUUUUUCAAACAAAUAUAUACAUGUGAAGGGUUAUUUAGGGAUUCAUGACAGAUAUCAGUGUUACAAUUUUGAAAAAAAAGGUUUGGAAAUGCUACUUGUACUUAUUGCCCUAUAACUUUCCAAAAAAAGCUAAGAACAUGUUAACAUUGGGUAUUUCUAAACUCAGGACAAAAAUUUAGAAACUAUUUAGCACUGUAUUUUUUUGGCGGUUGUAUAUGCAUAACAGAUUUGGGGAGUCAAAGUUUGAAAAAGUGUUUUUUUUCCUUCAUAUUUUAUCACUUCAUUUUGGGGUAAAUUAUAUGAUGAAAAUAAUGGUUUCUUUAGAAAGACCAUUUAAUGGCGAGAAUAACAGUAUAAAAUAUGAAGAGUUCCAGGCAGUCGCUUACCAAGUACCGCUGCCCACGUUUGUGAGACAAGCUGGGCGACACUCUUUUUUUUUUUUUUUUGCCAUGUGUUUGGUUAUAUGAAAUGGCGGCCCUGCGGGGGAAGCAUUAAUGACUUCCCUUGCAGUUUCGCACUUAAGGGGUAGGGUGUCAACGUUCUAAUGGGUUACUGGUGUGGGUACAGUAAAUGAGUAAGCGGAAAAUACAGCUAAACACACACACCGCAGAAAUGUAAAAACCGUGUGAGGGACCUGCAAAGUGAGGUGGAGGGUGUAAAGAACAUAAUGUCCCAAAAUGUAGAUCGAAUACUUCAAACCAAAUUCUAAGGUCAAUUUGACAGGCAGACAGGAUGAUUUGUGUUACUUUAUGUCAUAUUGUUCCUCUAUACAAAGUCACCAUCUAUGUCUUUUGGAAUUCCUAAUUUACCAUCUUGUUUUGUCUUCAGGAAAUGGGGGAGCCCUCCACUGUGGGUGGCGGUGACCGUGUAAGGGACCUGCAAAGUGAGGUGGAGGGUGUAAAGAACAUAAUGUCUCAAAAUGUGGAUCGAAUUCUGGCUCGAGGUGAGAACUUGGACCAACUGAGAAAUAAAACUGAGGACUUGGAAGCCAGUGUAAGUAUGCCUAAACAUAUACACACCCCGUCCCUAAAUUUUUCUUUUGCAUUCUGCCUCCAUACUACUUCAUAAUACAUUAAAGGAACACUUCGAGCACCAUAACCACUACAGGGUGGCACUACAAAACUGCCCUUGCACCUUUUUAAAUAAAGGAGUAAAACUGUUUAGGAACAGUUUGAUUUCUUACCUCGGUGCUGCUUCCUGCCACCUCUAUAGCAGUGUGAGAUGGAAGCACUCUUCACUGAGCCAAGUCAGGCAGUGCAUGGAUUUACUCAGGAGAGCUAAAGGAUGAGCAGACGCAAAAAGGCUCUCACUGAGAUGCAUAGGAGGUGGGCAGUGACACCGAAUGGACCCCGGGUAAGAAUUUAAACCAUUUGUCUCCUUACAUGAAGGGGGGUGUUUGGUAUGCUACUAACCCUAGUCUUGAUUCCUUUAUCUGUAUACUUGAUAUAUAUUUUUUUUUCUUGUAUAUCUUUUUAUUUUACACAUCUAAUUUUGUUUCCUCUUUUUAGUCAGAGCAUUUUAAGACAACAUCUCAAAAAGUUUCACGAAAGUACUGGUGGAAGAAUGUGAAGAUGAUCGUGAUCAUUUGUAUUGUGGUUGGAAUCAUUCUCCUUCUCAUCAUUCUUCUUGCCACUAAAGUCAUACCAACAUAAAGACUACUUUUCAACCCUUUUAAUCUACCACUCCCCCACUGAAGAUUCUCUGACCUUUAACUGGUGACUCCAGCUGGCCAACUCCACUGAACAUCCAAAGAUUCCCUGAAACUGAUUGCUUUAACAAUUUUGAUUUGAAGAAUUAUGUUUCUGUAUCCAUAUUUUAUGUGGAAUAUCCCUGCACACAACCACUAAUUCUUGUUUAAGUAUGCAUCUGUGUAUAAAUAUAUUCCGAAGGUGUAUUUGCUCAAUGCUGAAUCUUGGCUAAUGAGGUGGGAUAUCUGUUUAUAAACCUCCUUAAAAAAAAAAAUAUAUAUAUAUAUAUUAUUAAAAAAAAUGUAUUUAAUUUUUUUUUUUUUAAAUGUCC